AUGAAGGAGGAGGAGCUGGCUGACUGUCUGCAGAACAGUUUUCAAGAUCAUCUUAAGUCUGUCUUGAAGAAAAAGUUCCAGUGUGUGUUUGAGGGGAUCGCUAAAGCAGGAAACCCAACCCUUCUGAAUGAGAUCUACACAGAGCUCUUCAUCACAGAGGGAGGGACUGCAGAGGUCAAUGAUGAACAUGAGGUCAGACAGAUUGAAACAGCAUCCAGGAAACCAGACAGACCAGAAACAACAAUCAGACAAGAAGACAUCUUUAAAGCCUCACCUGGAAGAGACAAACCAAUCAGAACAGUGCUGACAAAGGGAGUGGCUGGCAUUGGGAAAACAGUCUUAACACAGAAAUACACCCUGGACUGGGCUGAAGACAAAGCCAACCAGGACAUCCAGUUCAUAUUUCCAUUCACUUUCAGAGAGCUGAAUGUGCUGAAAGAGGAAAAGUUCAGCUUGGUGGAACUUGUUCAUUACUUCUUUAAAGAAACCAAAGAAGCAGGAAUCUGCAGCUUUGAAGACUUCCAGGUUGUGUUCAUCUUUGAUGGUCUGGAUGAGUGUCGUCUUCCUCUGGACUUCCACAAAACUACAAUCCUAACUGACCCUAGAAAGUCCACCUCAGUGGAUGUGCUGUUGAUAAACCUCAUCAGGGGGAAACUGCUUCCCUCUGCUCGCCUCUGGAUAACCACACGACCUGCAGCAGCCAAUCAGAUCCCUCCUGACUGUGUUGCCAUGGUGACAGAGAUCAGAGGGUUCACUGACCCACAGAAGGAGGAGUACUUCAGGAAGAGAUUGAGAGAUAAGACUCAGGCCAGCAGGAUCAUCUCCCACAUCAAGACAUCACGAAGCCUCCACAUCAUGUGCCACAUCCCAGUCUUCUGCUGGAUCACUGCUACAGUUCUGGAGGAUGUGCUGGAAACCAGAGAGGGAGGUCAGCUGCCCAAGACCCUGACUGAGAUGUACAUCCACUUCCUGGUGGUUCAGGCCAAAGUGAAGAAGGUCAAGUAUGAUGGAGGAGCUGAGACAGAUCCACACUGGAGUCCAGAGACCAGGAAGACGAUUGAGUCUCUGGGAAAACUGGCUUUUGAUCAGCUGCAGAAAGGAAACCUGAUCUUCUAUGAAUCAGACCUGACAGAGUGUGGCAUCAAUAUCAGAGCAGCCUCAGUGUACUCAGGAGUGUUCACACAGAUCUUUAAAGAGGAGAGAGGACUGUACCAGGACAAGGUUUUCUGCUUCAUCCAUCUGAGUGUUCAGGAGUUUCUGGCUGCUCUUCAUGUCCAUCUGACCUUCAUCAACUCUGGAGUCAAUCUGCUAAAAGAUCAAAAAAUCACCUCAAAUAAGUCUGAAAUUAAAGAAUCUGCAGAGAAAGACUUCUACCAGAGUGCUGUGAACAAGGCCUUAAAGAGUUCAAAUGGACAUCUGGACUUGUUCCUCCGCUUCCUCCUGGGUCUUUCACUGCAGACCAGUCAGAGUCUCCUACGAGGUCUUCUGACACAGACAGGAAGUAGCUCACAGACCAGUCAGGAAACAGUCCAGUACAUCAAGGAGAAGCUCAGUGAGAAUCUGUCUGCAGAGAAAAGCAUCAAUCUGCUCCACUGUCUGAAUGAACUAAAUGAUUAUUCUCUGGUGGAGGAGAUCCAACAGUCCCUGAGAUCAGGAAGUCUCUCCACAGAUAAACUCUCUCCUGCUCAGUGGUCAGCUCUGGUCUUCAUCUUACUGUCAUCAGAAAAAGAUCUGGAUGUGUUUGACCUGAAGAAAUACUCUGCUUCAGAGGAGGCUCUUUUGAGGCUGCUGCCAGUGGUCAAAGCGUCAAACAAAGCUCUAAUAGGUGGCUGUAACCUUUCAGGGAGAAGCUGUGAAGCUCUGUCUGUUCUCAACUUCCAGUCCUCUAGUCUCAGAGAGCUGGACCUAAGUAACAACGACAUACAGGACACAGGAGUGAAGCUUUUCUCUGCAGGACUGGACAAUCCACAUUUUAAGCUGGAAUCUCUCAGAUUGAAUGGCUGUAACCUUACAGGGAGAAGCUGUAAAGAUCUGUCCUCUGAUCUCAACUUCCAGUCUUCCAGUCUCAGAGAACUGGACCUAAGUAAUAAUGACCUGCGGGAUUCAGGAGUGAGGCUUUUCUCUGCAGGACUGAAAAAUCCACAUUGUAAACUGGAAUCUCUCAGUCUGUCAGGCUGUCUGAUCACAGAGGAAGGCUGUACUUCUCUGGCCUCGGCUCUGAGCUCCAACCCCUCCCAUCUGAGAGAGCUGGACCUGAGCUACAAUCAUCCAGGUGACUCAGGAGUGAAGCGGCUGUCAGCUGGACUGAAGGAUCCAGGCUGGAAACUGGACACUCUCAGGGUGGAGCCUGCUGGAGUCCGAUGGUUGACACCAGGUCUGAGGAAGUAUUCCUGUCAACUCACAAUCGACACAAACACAGUAAACACAAACCUCCAACUCUCUGACAACAACAGGACGGUGACACAUGUAAAGGAGGUUCAGUCAUAUCCUGAUCAUCCAGACAGAUUUGAUGUUCAUCAGCUGCUGUGUGCAAAUGGUCUGACUGGUCGCUGUUACUGGGAGGUCGAGUGGAGAGGAAGGGUUUAUAUAUCAGUGAGUUACAAAAGUAUCAAAAGGAAAGGAGAGAGUAAUGACUGUGAAUUCGGACUCGAUCAUCAGUCCUGGAGGUUGCACUGCGCUAAUGAUGGUCCUGUUUAUGUCUGUCACAAUAAGAAAUUUGCAUCUCCCUCCUCCUCCUCCUCCUCCUCUGUCUCUAACAGAGUAGCAGUGUAUGUGGACUGUCCUGCUGGCACUCUGUCCUUCUACAGAGUCUUCUCUGACACUCUGAUCCACCUCCACACCUUCAACACCACAUUCACUGACACUCUUUAUCCUGGGUUUUGGUUAAAUUAUAAUUCCUCAGUGUCCCUGUGCUGA